GUGGAAUGUAGGAGAGUGGAGUAUGUUUUGCUUUUCAAAAGUACAGUAUAUACAUGGUAGUAUAUGAGACCACAUGUGAGCACAUGAGAGUUGGAUUCUAAGGACGCGUGUGUUAGCGUUUAGAGCAAUAAAGAUUCAUAUUCGAAUAUUCUUCCGAACAUCUGUAAGCUGUAUACUAUAACAAUGGCAAGGUGUGUGAACGCAACGCAAGGAUUUACUCUGAGUGAUUUAACAACGCAAGAUGGUCUGGUUUUUGAAAUCGGUGAAUACCAGGGUAUGGACGAAGAAGAAUUUUCUUAUUCGCCGGCGAUUCCUCUAACUAAUGAAGAAGCUUUAAAUUUAUUGAAUAUGGACGAUUUCCAAGAUGGUGACGACGAUAAUGAUAAUGAUGAUGAUGAUACUACCAAAGAUAAUUCUGUUUCCCUCUUUGGUAUAAGCUUUGACAAGUUAAAGACUAAAAUGACAGAUAUACUUGGAAAUGGCAAAAUUAUGAAGUUGUUGAAACAGAAAGGUGUUGGAGAGAUUAUACCUUCCAAUGCCCAAGUUACUAUAAAAUACAUGGGACAUUUUGAAUACAAUGAUGAACCAUUUGAUUCCAGUUUUACUCGUGGAGGAGCAGAAACUUUUCUUCUUGGUCAAGGCUCGCUACUACCAGGUUUAGAGAUUGCCAUAUCAACUAUGCAAAAACAUGAAAUAGCAAUAUUUAUUGUACAUUCUGAUUUGGCUUAUGGAAGAUUCGGUUGUGCUCCUCGUAUUCCUCCAAAUGAACAAAUUUUAUUCAUUGUCCACUUGAUUGAUUAUCUAGAUAAUGGGUCUGUAAAGACUCUUGAAAAUCUUCCUAUAGAUGAGAGAAAAAUAUUUGCAAAUGUUGUUAGAGGGGUAUCAGCUAAGUUCAAUACUGCUAAAGAUUAUUUUAGGAGGAAAAAAAUCAAGCAAGCAAUAAGAGAGUAUGCAAAAGCAAUUCAAUGGUUAGAGGAGGCACAAUUACAAAAUGAUGAAGACGAAGAGGAAUUUAACAAGUUGGUUUCAAGAGGUUAUAGCAACCUUGCAGUUUGUUAUAAUAUGGAGAACAUGCCACGUCGUGCUUGUAAUGCAUGCAAUAGAGUACCCAUGCCAUCCGCUAAAACUCAUUUUAAUCAUGGACGAGCUUUAUUAAAAAUGGGAGAGUAUACCAAAGCAAUGGAACAAUUACAAAUGGCUGUUGCAAUAGAGCCUAACAAUGAAGAAACCAUUAAAGAAAUUAGAUUGGUAAAUGAGAAGCAACGAAAGUACUUGGAAAUAGAAAAACAACUUUGGGCAAAUUGUUUAAAAACUGAGCAGAAAGAGAAGAAAGAAUCUUCGUUUGCGAAAGUUGUGCGCAAGAUGUGCGAGACUUUCUCAAAAGACAGCCAAUUAUUAAGGCAACCACUUCCGGAAUCGUUAACACCGGAAGAAGACAAGUGCAUACGCGAGCAAGCUGCUGCAUUUGGCCUUUCGAUCACUAAGCACAAGAGAUAUGGGCGAGAAAUAACAUAUCUUAACAAAUAUAAUUAUUAA